AAUAUUAAUACUUUGUUCUUAAAUAACACUAACGUUGAUUGAUUGAAUACUAAAGGAGAAAGACAAGGCAAGAAGUGAAAGAGUGAGUGAGAAUAAUGGGUCUUCAGCUUCAAAUGAAGCUACAUAGUACCACCUACAACUUUUCUCUUCAGUACACCCAUAGCCAUGAAAACCCAUCAAACCCCAAACUUCCUCUUUCCAAUCUCAUUUUUCGCUCCCCAUCAACACCCCACCAUUACCAAAGCUUAUUUCCACUAUUUUCCAAACCACACUCCUCCAAACGCACCAUUAAAGCUCUUCGAAUCGUUUCAGAUUACUCUGUCGACAAAGAUCGCGUAGCCGAGUCUCCGGCUAAGCUACUUCGCCGGAUUUUAGGGUCGCCGGGGAUUCACCAGAGCCCUUGCUGUUUCGACGCUCUCAGUGCCAAGUUGGUCGAGAGAGCAGGAUUUGACUGCUGCUUCGUUAGCGGUUUUUCAGUGUCAGCUGCUAGAUUGGGAAUGCCUGAUGCAGGGCUUAUAUCAUAUGGGGAAAUGUUGGAACAAGGAAGACUGAUUACUCAAGCUGUGUCCAUUCCUGUUAUUGGGGAUGCUGAUACUGGAUAUGGCAAUGCCAUGAAUGUUAAAAGGACUGUUAAGGAAUAUAUCAAAGCUGGUUUUGCUGGGAUUAUGCUUGAAGAUCAGGUAUCUCCCAAAGCUUGUGGUCAUACUCGAGGCAGGAAGGUGGUGUCAAGAGAGGAAGCAGUGAUGCGGAUAAAAGCAGCCAUUGAUGCUCGGGAGGAGAGUGGGUCUGACAUUGUUAUUGUUGCACGGACUGAUUCUCGUCAAGGAGUGUCUUUAGAAGAAUCACUCUGGAGGACAAGGGCUUUUGCUGAUGUUGGAGCAGAUGUUCUUUUCAUUGACGCACUAGCUUCGAAAGAUGAAAUGAGAGCUUUUUGUGAAAUUUCUCCCCUAAUAUAUAAACUGGCCAACAUGCUUGAAGGAGGGGGCAAGACACCAAUACUUGAUCCUUCUGAACUUGAAGACUUUGGAUUUAAGCUCGUGGCCUAUCCACUUUCCUUAAUUGGGGUAUCUAUGCAAGCUAUGCAGGAUGCUCUUGCUUCUAUCAAAGAGGGUCAUAUUCCUCAUAAAAGCAUGCCAUCUUUUGACAAGAUGAAAGAAAUUCUAGGUUUUAACAGUUACUAUGAAGAAGAGGAGCUAUAUGCCACCACUAGCUCGCGAUCUACACAAAAAGUUGAGUGAGAAGCCUCUUACACUGGUGCAUCCAAAAUGGUCAUGUACGCUCAAUAAUUACUGAAAGCUAGUAAUGGAAUUUUCUAACUUAAUCGUGUGUCUUUCAAUUUGUUUGUUUGGUUUUUUUGUCAUUUUUGUAAGGUAUAGUUGCUUUAAUCAAGCAUAAUGGACACCUACUUUCUUUGGCUAGGGUGCUCUCUAUCAUUUGACGAAUAUGUGAAAAUGAGGAGUGGUAAUUCGUGUUGUCUAUCA